GAAAACAGUCUUUGAAUCUGUUUUGAGUUAAUAUACAGCAAAACAAAGUGAGGGAAAUCUUUUACACCUCAGCAAAAAUGUUCUGGUACGGGCAAAGUUUGCUCUUUUCUUUACUAUGCUUAUUCUUUUGCUCAACCAUGGUGUUUUCUGAACUAUCCUCAACCCAAAGAGAAGCAAUGGUUAACAUCUCUAAGAGUCUGAGUGGUAGUAAAGUUCCAUGGGAUAUCAACGAAGAGCCAAACCCCUGUUAUUGGAAGGGAAUCAACUGCAACUCCAUGAAUUCUUCCAUUACUGGUAUUACUCUAUCUGGGUUUUCACUCUCUUCCUCUGAUUUUCUGCCUAUUGUCUGCAAGCUUGAUUCUUUGCAGAUGCUUAAUGUAUCAAACAACCGGUUCGCCUUAAUCCCGGAGGAGUUUAUCACAGAUUGUGGGAAGAUUGAUGGGUUGAAACUGCUGGAUUUUAGCAAGAAUAGGUUGGUUGGUAAUUUGCCUAAAUUUGAUGGUUUUGUUGGGUUGGAAAUUCUGGACUUGUCUUAUAAUUCCUUGGGUGGAAAAAUUAGUCUGGAGUUAGAAGAAUUGGUUGGACUCAAAAGCUUGAAUCUUAGUUUUAACCAAUUCACUGGGUCUCUUCCCACCCAGCUUGGAAAUUCCACGGUGUUGGAGGAACUUCUUAUGUCUGUGAAUCAUUUCGUUGGUACAAUACCUGUAGGAAUUAUGGUUUAUCGAAAUUUGAGAGUGCUUGACCUUAGCCAAAAUAACCUUUCCGGUUCUGUUCCUGAUAAAAUAGGUGAGCUAUCCAAGUUGGAGGUUUUGAUUCUCUCCUCUAAUAAGCUAACUGGAGAAAUUCCAAAAAGCCUUUCCGAUAUCCCCACCCUCCUUCGAUUUGCAGCUCAUCAAAACCAGUUUUUUGGCUCGAUUCCCAGUGGCUUAACCAAAUCUCUCAAAAUUUUAGACCUUAGCUAUAAUUCGUUAGGUGGUUCAAUUCCAUCAGACUUUUUGUCACCACAAAAUUUGCAGACUGUAGAUUUGUCAAAUAAUCAGUUAAAAGGAUCCAUACCUACUGCAAACAUGUCUCGUAGUUUAGUCAGGUUGCGGCUGGGAAGCAAUCAACUUGAUGGGAAGAUCCCUGCAUCAUUUGAAGGACUUAAGAAUUUGAUGUACUUGGAGCUGGAUACCAACAACUUCACUGAAUCCAUUCCUCCUCAAUUGGGUUCAUGCCACAGCUUGGCACUGUUGGAUUUGUCUCAGAAUGGUCUGACGGGGACAUUGCCAGGGGAGCUGGGUAAACUUCAAAGCCUUCAAGUCUUAAAGCUUCAAUCCAAUCAUCUGACUGGUGAAAUCCCAGUUGAGAUUACCCAACUACUUAAUUUAUCAACUCUUAAUAUCAGCGGGAAUUCUUUGAGUGGUCCAAUUCCUUCUUCCAUUUCAAGAUUGCAGAAACUUACUGUCAUUAACUUACAGAGUAACCGUCUUAGUGGUUCCAUACCGGAUUCCCUUGCCAGCAUGACUAUGCUUUUGGAACUCCAACUUGGGAAAAACCAACUGGGUGGAUACAUUCCAAAGAUGCCACCAAAUUUGCAGAUUGCUCUGAAUCUUAGCAGCAACCUCUUUGAAGGACCUAUUCCAAGAAAUCUCGAUGGACUCUUUCUGUUAGAAGUGUUGGAUCUCUCGAAUAACAACUUCUUAGGUGAGAUUCCAAAAUUUCUUACUGGAUUGAGAGCCUUGGCACGGUUGAUGCUUACCAACAAUAGCCUCUCGGGAAAUAUUCCCAAAUUUGCGCCAUUCGUUGUGCUCGAAACCAGUGGAAACAAGGAUCUGAAGGCAGAUCCAAGUCCAAAUGCUUCCCCUGCUCCCCAUGUGUCGAAGAGAGGAACACAAGUCAGAGUGAAGGUGAUAAUUUUUAUUGUAUCCUUUUUACUUUUUUACUUUCUUUCUUUUUUUUAUUUUGAUACCAAAUUAGGUAGACUUGUCUUGAUGCUAAGAAGAAACUACAGAUUCUGCUCAAUCCAAACUGAUUAAAUAAAACA